AUGGAGAUUUGCGGUCCUAGGACACGGGCACAGUCUCAGUGCCCUGAAGUGCCAAACCUCGGUGCUGGGCGUACUGUACUCCCGUGGGCUCUCCUCAGCUGUGUGCUGGAGAUAGCCAGUGUGCCCGGAGACAGGCGGUGUGCCCAGAGACAGGCGGUGUGCCCCAAGACAGGCGGUGUGCCCGGAGACAGGCGGUGUGCCCGGAGACAGGCGGUGUGCACGGAGACAGGCGGUGUGCCCCGAGACAGGCGGUGUGCCCGGAGACAGGUGGUGUGCCAGGGCAGGCGGUGUGCCUGGAGACAGGCAGUGUGCCCCAAGACAGGCGGUGUGCCCAGAGACAGGCGGUGUGCCCGGGGACAGGCGGUGUGCCCCGAGACAGGCGGUGUGCCCCGAGACAGGCGGUGUGCCCGGAGACAGGCGGUGUGCCCGGAGACAGGCGGUGUGCCCCGAGACAGGCGGUGUGCCCGGAGACAGGUGGUGUGCCAGGGCAGGCGGUGUGCCUGGAGACAGGCAGUGUGCCCCAAGACAGGCGGUGUGCCCAGAGACAGGCGGUGUGCCCGGGGACAGGCGGUGUGUCCGGAGACAGGCGGUGUGCCCGGAGACAGGUGGUGUGCCAGGGCAGGCGGUGUGCCUGGAGACAGGCAGUGUGCCCAGAGACAGGCGGUGUGCCCCAAGACAGGCGGUGUGCCCAGAGACAGGCGGUGUGCCCGGGGACAGGCGGUGUGCCCGGGGACAGGCGGUGUGCCCACGGACAGGCGGUGUGCCCAGGGACAUGUUAGGCUGGCUGGCAAGGCCUGGCUGGCAGCCUGGAAGGACUGGCCUCUCAGAGGCACCGGGCCUGGCACAGACGCUGGUGCAGAGCCCAGCGUGGGCCCAGCCCAGCAGGAAGUGCCGUCACGGAGCACACCGGCUCCCGGGAAGCUGAGCGGGGAGGGCCUGCUCUCCGCUGCGGGCCCUUCCCCGGGGACAGCGCCGGCUGGUCUGCUUUAACGGGGCCGGAGCAGUUCCCUGUGUCCUCGUGGGGUGCCAGUCAUGGCCCCUGGCCCUCUGCAGUGACCACUCUCAGAACUCUCCACAGCUACUGGCAACUAUCGAGUUACAGAUGAUUGUUCUGAGCUAUUUUUACAAAUUUCACCCAACACACGUAAACUCUAACUCGCGUUCAGAAUUACUCUUCAUCCUCACCUACGGCCAGGUGUAUUUACACUGUGCGGCAUUAACGGCUUUUCUAGCCACUGGGAGGAACCAGGCCGAGAUGUUUGUAAAGACAAAACGUGGGCGAGGGUGGCGGCAGCAAUGUCCAGGCCACCUUUUUCCUUGGGUAAGCGCUCCCCAGCGCAGAGCUGGCCACCCGGUGCCCGCCAACAAGCCCCAUGGACCAGGUCACCAGGGCCUCAGCUCCCUCCCUGGUGCCCGUCCUGGAGAGAAGCAGAGGCCGCUGUGCCCCUUCACAGUGCCCAGGCCUCGCUGCUGACCCGCCGGGGAGCGGUGCCCGGGCCAGUGCUGGGCCAGAUCCUGGUGUCUUGGCUGAGAGUGGGAAGCAGGGCUAAGCCGAGAGGCAGUGACUCGAAGGAAACAGACGGGAGCGGACGCCAUGCUGGGAAAUGCUGUUCGGGGUCCAGGGAACACCGGCUCCUAGCACAGCAGUCCUGGUCACACCCUGGGCCACAUGUGUCUCCAUUGUUUCUGACCCUCCGUAGCUUUGUACUCAUCCUGUGGUCUAGUUGCCCUUUCACACUGGGGUCAUUCGAGAGCUGCUUUUCCUCUGGGUUCCUGCUGGCUGCGCCCAGCGUCCAGAGGAUGGCAGACUAUUUACAACGCAGGUGAUGUGGGCGGGGGAGGCUGGCAUGUACCUAAAUGUGGCACAUGGCUUAGCUGCUACCUUGAGUGACGAAAGAAAAACGAGACGCUUGAAUUUUAACCCACCAUUGGCUAGCUUGUGCCAGAACACGCAUUGAAGAUCCAAGAGGCCAAACUGGUCAUUGGCUUACUUUGGGGACUCGCCGUGGGAGGAGUCACCUUGCCUGGGACGCACAAACACCUGCGAGCGGACUGUGAGCUGCUUUCUUGGCACCAGGUCGGACAAGCCCUUUAAAAGGCUCUGGACAGCACAGCUCCUGGUCCAUAUGGUUGAUGUAAGUAUAACUACGUAGUGAAAUUGUGUGGUAUAUGUCUACAUGCCAAUAGUGUAUACCUGUAUGUGGGAUUUGCUAAUAUAACCAUUUCAAUAAAAACAUAUUGAAAAAGC